AUGCAUUUGACUUACCACAUUCGUAAGCCAAGAGAUGUCAUUGGCAACAAAAGCAAAGAGUCUACAGACACACUGCACAUGGUUGGGGUUGAGAGACACGGCGACAAAGCAUUCAAGGCUACUCGAGCCAUCACAGGACAAUACCGGACUUCAUUAUGUUGCCGUCAACAGCUCGAACCUAAGCUCAGAGGUGGACACGAAGCUGACGGGACGGUCCAAUUUCAAGAGCUUCACUUUUCUAUAAAGUCAAGAUAUUUCGCCAUGGAAUUCCUCUUUUCACUCCUCAUCUCAUCCUCACCACAGUCUCUUCUUCGCGACUCCUUAUCUGGAGAACACAAUCUUUUCAGUCGCUUUUUGUCUAAUUCAUAA